GAAAUACUCACGAGAACAGAGAUACGCGCGAAUCGUAUUGGAAAUACGUUAAUUUUCAUACACGUUUAGGAUAUACUGCCACCGGGAAACCUGGACAACAUGCAGUUGUCAAAGUCACGGGCUUUUGCUGUCAGUUUGACGCUGCUCUCCGUACUCAGCUCGGCAAUGUGCGCCAGUCACUACAGCUGUGAUGGAUCUCUGGCAUCUCUUCUGCCUGCAACUUCCUUUCAGAGCUCUUCACAUUUCUCAGACAGUCGGGCUGCGUACUUUGCCAAAUUAAACAAAAGAGAUGGAGGAGGUGGGUGGAGCCCAGAGUCGACGGACAGGUCACCCUGGUUGCAAGUUGACCUCCAGGACCGAAUGGAGGUGACAGCGGUGGCCACGCAAGGUCGUCAUGGCAGCAAUGAUUGGGUCAGUGCCUACAUGCUCCUGUACAGUGACACCGGACGCAUCUGGAAGCAGUACAUGUUAGAGGACAAUGUUGGGAGGUUGGUGGGUAAUGUGAAUCCAGACAGCGUGGUCCACCAUAAACUCAGCCAGUCUAUCAGAACCCGGUUCCUCCGCUUUGUUCCUCUGGAGUGGAGCCCCAGUGGCCGGGUGGGCAUCAGAGUGGCUGUGUAUGGCUGUGCUUACCGAUCGUAUGUGACUGAUUUUGAUGGCAGAAGCUCUUUGCUCUACCGAUUCAACCAGAAGUCUAUGAGCACAGUGAAAGAUGUUAUAUCAUUGCGAUUUAAGAGUCGACAGGCAGAAGGUGUUUUACUGCAUGGGGAAGGCCAGCGAGGAGAUUAUAUCACUCUGGAGCUUCAUCGUGGCAGACUGGCUUUGCAUCUGAACCUGGAUGACAGCAGGGUGAGAUCCAGCAGUGCUCGUAUGGUGGUCACUCUAGGAAGUCUCCUGGAUGAUCUGCACUGGCACUCCGUUCUGAUCGAACGCUUUAACAAGCAGGUCAACUUCACUUUGGACAGACACACUCAGCACUUCAGGACCAAGGGUGAUGGAGACUCUCUAGAGGUCGACUAUGAGCUAAGCUUUGGUGGGAUCCCACUGCCAGGUAAACCAGGAACCUUCAUUCGACGUAACUUUCAUGGCUGCAUGGAGAACCUCUACUACAAUGGAGUGAACGUCAUCGACUUGGCGAAACGGAGAAAACCUCAGAUAUACAGUGUGGGCAACGUGACCUUUUCCUGCUCGGAACCACAGCUGGUGGCCGCCACAUUUCAGAGUUCCAGCAGCAGCUUUCUGUUGCUGCCAGCACCUGCACUGAUCCUGGAGGACCUUUCAGUGCGCCUGCAAUUUCGCACAUGGAACCCUGAUGGCCUGCUGCUGUCCAGUCCACUAAUCUCUGGUCAGGAGCCCCGUUACCUGAUUUUGCAGAUCAGCAGUGGGCGCCUCCAUCUCACACACCAGACAUCAGCACUGAAGAUGUCAGAAGUGUCCGCUGGUCAGAGGGUGAAUGAUGUAUGUGACAGGUGUCUGUAUAAUUUUUGUGAGCAUGGCAGCCGGUGUUCCCAGACAUGGUCUUCUUUCUCCUGUGAUUGCACUGGUACAGGAUACAGUGGAGCUACAUGCCAUAACUCCGUCUAUGAAGCGUCAUGUGAACACUACAGGCUUGCAGGAAGCACUUCUGGAUAUUUCUCUAUAGAUCCUGAUGGAAGUGGCCCUCUUGAUCCUAUUCAGGUCUACUGUAAUAUUACAGGGAACAAAGUGUGGACAGAGGUUCGUCACAACAGCUCGAAUGCAGUCAGAGUACGAGGCUCUACACCGCAGAAGCCAUAUGUCGGAUGGUUUAAUUAUAGCGCCUCAUCUGAACAGCUGAAGGCCCUGGUGUCUCUGUCAGAACACUGUGAGCAAAAAAUCGCAUACCACUGCAGAAGGUCACGGCUGUUUAACCCCUGGGACGGGACCCCUUUGUCCUGGUGGGUGGACCGCAGAGGAGAGAAGAGGACCUACUGGGGUGGAUUCCAGCCGGGGGUGCAGCAGUGCUCCUGCGGUCUGGAAGAGAACUGUGCCGACAUGAACUACUUCUGCAACUGUGAUGCAGACAGAGUGUCAUGGGAGAAUGAUACUGGCAUCCUCUCAUAUAAGGAGCAGUUACCGGUACGGGAGAUUGUGGUUGGAGAUACUUACAGACUGGGCUCUGAAGCCAUGUAUGUCGUGGGACCCCUGCAGUGCUCUGAUGACAAGUUCCUGUGGAAUGCUGUAUCUUUUUAUCAAGCGGCUUCAUAUCUGCAGUUCCCGGCUCUCCAGGUGGAGCUUUCCCUCGAUGUCUCCUUCUACUUCAAGACUGCUUCCCCCUCCGGGGUCUUUCUGGAAAACAUGGGCAUUCAAGACUUUAUCAGGGUUGAGCUGAGCUCUCCCUCAGCUGUGACUUUCUCCUUUAAUGUGGGCGACGGGCCAGUAGUCCUGACCGUCAAAUCUCCUGUGCCACUGAACGACAGGCAGUGGCAUUGGGUUCGAGCCGAGCGCAAUGUGAAAGAACCAUGCCUGCAGGUCGACCAGCUGCCCCUGCGGAUCAUAGAAACCCCACCUGAUGGACACCUCCGCCUUCAGCUUGGAAGCCAGCUGUUUGUUGGGGGAACAGCCACAAGACAAAGAGGCUUUCUUGGAUGCAUUCGAGCAUUUAACAUGAAUGGAGUGAAUUUUGACUUGGAGGAACGGGCCAAAGUGACACCAGGAGUGAGUUCAGGGUGUGCGGGUCACUGUAGCAGCUCAGCUGGGCUCUGCCACAAUCGGGGGAAAUGCAUUGAGAAAAACAGCGGUUACAUGUGCGACUGUACUAACUCCGCUUACGGAGGACCCUCUUGCACAGAAGAGAUGUCCAUGUCCUUUGAAAGAGGAGCGUCGGUCACCUACAUUUUUCAGGAGCCAUUCUCUGUCAUACAGAACAGGUCGGUCACAGUGCUGUCUGUCCCUUCUCAGUACAGCAAGACCAGAGACAACAUGGCACUGAGUUUCCAGACUACACAGAGUCCUGCCAUGCUGCUCACAGUCAACACACUCAGCCAGCAGUAUGUGGCCAUCAUUUUAGCACGGAACGGGAGUUUACAGAUCUGGUAUCAACUGCAUAAGGAGAAGAGACCGGAUGUGUUCAGCCCCAUCUUGAGCAACCUGGCAGAUGGACGGCUGCAUAGAGUUCACAUCCAGCGGGAGGGAAAGGACGCCUUUGUUCAGGUUGACCAUGAAAAUAAGAAGUACACCCUUUCAUAUGAUGCCGCGUUUAACUCUAUGAAGUCACUGACCUUGGGAAAAGUCACAGGAAGUGAUGUAUUGGAUGAAGAGGUAGCUCAUGCUGGGUCCAAAGGCUUCAUUGGCUGCUUCUCAUCUGUCCAGUACAACCACGUUGCUCCACUGAAGGCAGCAUUAUUGAACCGAUGGAGCUCUCUAGUCAGCAUACGAGGACAUUUACUGGAAUCAAAUUGCGGAGCAUUAGCUGACCUUUCAACCUCUGUAUCUCGUUUAGAUCAUGGAGAGGAGGUGGGAAAAGAUAACGAGCAUCGCGAAGACAACAGCCAGCCUGAUUCAGCUGUAAUCGGAGGUGUGGUGACAGCUGCGGUCUUCAGUACCCUCUGUGUGCUGGCAGUGAUGACUCGUUUCCUUUACCAACAUCGACAAGCUCAAAGAACUGCAAGACUCCAAGAAAAGGAACACCAACGUAGCCUUGAAGCUGCUUACAGGGCAGAGUUUCACCUUCACAACUCCACGAGAGACAGCAUGCAAGAGUACUACAUCUGAUGGACAAUUCUGCAGCUUUCAGUUCAGCUAUCAGUUCCUCUCGAGUCUCCUUCAGCAAAUGUGUCGUGAGGCCCUUUCUAUCCAGUAAGGCUGGUUAGUUGGAGAUUUCCUCGCUUUGGGAACAGUGGAAUCUCCUGAUCUGUGUAAGUAGUAGCUUGUAGUUCUCACAGUGCUUGCCCCAAGUGUUGGAUUAAUCAGCAUUAGGUUAUUUAUGGGAUAUGAGUGGUGUGU